AUGGCCAAGACCAUGCAAGAUCACUUCCACACCGUCGCCAAGGAGCAGUCUUCCUUUGAGAAAGACUUUACUAAGUUCUCGCGCGGUAUCAUGAGGGUUAUUGUCGAGCCUCUCAUUAAGCAAAUGGGCUUCAAUAAUAAAAUCACGGAGCCAGUGGUUCUUCUGGACAAUGCGUGUGGAUCGGGCGUGGUGACGCAGGAGGUGCAGGCAGUGCUGUCGGAUGAAGUUCUGCAGCGGAGCUCGUUUACUUGUGCUGACAGCUCGGCUGCCAUGGUGGAUUUAGUAAAGAAGAGGGUUGUGGGUGAGAAGUGGGUGAAUGUUGAGGCAAACGUGCUUGAUGCCAUGGAUACAGGGCUUCCGGACAAUACCUUUAGCCAUGUAGCUCUCGGUCUGGCCCUUCACAUUACGCCAGAUCCAGAUGCAGUCGUAAAAGAUUGCAUGAGAAUCCUCAAGCCAGGAGGAACCUUUGGCGCCUCGACUUGGUCCAAGGUCAAUGCCAACAUCUUUUGGAUCCCCGACAUGCGCUCAGCACUAGAGUCACUGCCAUUCGACGCGCCGUUCCCAGACCCAAUGCCCAUGCAAAUGCACCAUUCCGGCCACUGGGACGACGCAGCUUGGAUCGAAAAGCAUCUUGCUGAGGAUCUGGGACUUGCUAACGUGUCAGUCAAGGAGAACCGGGGCACUUACAGAUUUGAGGAUGCGUCAGAGUUUGUGGAUUGUUUUAGCAUGAUGCUGCCAUGGGUGAUGAAUACUUUCUGGAGCGAAGAGGUGAGAAAUGCGCAUUCGGUGGAUGAGGUAAAGGAGCUGUUGAAGCAGCAUCUGGCGAAGAAGUAUAAAGGUGAGGGAUGGAGCAUUGAGUGGCUGGUUAUUACCAUGAGGGGGACUGUGGACAAGUAA